AUGGCAUCCUCAGCCGCACCCACGAUCGCAGUGAUCGCACCAGGCUCCAUGGGAGCAGCGGUCGGCCAUCGCUUCGCCAAGGCGGGCUGCACGGUCCUCACCACGCUCGCAGGGCGCUCGCCCGCCACGAUCGAGCGCGCCCGCGCCGCGGGCAUGCAGGACGCGUCCCUCCCUGACAUCGCGGCGCGCGCGCAGUGGGUGCUCAGCAUCCUGCCCCCAAGCUCUGCGCUCGCGUUUGCGGAGUCCUUCCAGAAGGCGUACGCGGAGGCAGGGACGGGCCGCGGACUCGCGUUUGUGGACUGCAACGCGGUCAGCCCGCAGACUGCGAAGACCGUCGCGCGUGUGUUCGAGGGCAGCGCGGUGCGGUUUCUCGAUGCGGGAAUUGUGGGGGGUCCGCCGAGUGAUACGUACAAUCCUGCGUUUUACGCGUCUGCCGAGCCGGAAGAUGCGGACUUGCUGGAUGCAUUUGUGGGUCUUGAGAAGUGGGGCCUUAGAGUCGUGCCCCUCAGGGGCGAGGGCGCAGGCAUCGGUGACGCGAGUGCUCUGAAGAUGUCUUACGCGGGAAUUUCCAAGGGCUUCACCGGCUUAGUGUCGACGAUGAUCCUAGCUGCGCACGCAUCUUCUCCUGCGACCGCGCAGGCCCUGCUUCACGAGCUGCACGACUCGCAACCAUUCGUUCUGGACCGUAUUGUGAAGGGCGUUCCUAGCAUGCUUCCGAAGGCGUACCGGUGGGUGGGCGAGAUGGAGGAGAUAUCGGCGUUCGUGCGCGAGGGUCUGGGCGAGGGGGAGGCGCACAUCCACCACGGCUUUGCGCACGUGUAUGAGCGGGUCGAAAAGUCGUUGCCGGAGGGAGAUGAUGUGGCCGUGUUGAAGAAGUUUGUGCAGGAUGCGAAGGAGGUGAUCAAGGAGUCGAAGGCCAAGUAGGCUUUCGCACUGGGUACGUUGAGGACGGCAGUAGAAAUAGAAGAUGUGAGCUCU